GUAUACUUACUCUCCUAUCUCACACAAACGCUCCUUAAAAACUCAACCAAAGUGAGUGUUGUGUUCCCUAACGCUUGUCCCCUCCCCCUCUCUCCCUCUCUCUCUCUCUCCAUCUCUCUCUCGAUCGAGCAAAUAGAAGCAAAAAAAAAUCUAAAAAAAAGAAUGAGAAAGAAGACAGAAGAUGAAGGAAACAAUGAGUACAAGAAGGGUUUGUGGACAGUGGAAGAGGACAAGAUCCUCAUGGAUUAUGUCAAAGCUCAUGGCAAAGGCCAUUGGAACCGCAUCUCCAAAAAGACUGGUCUGAAGAGGUGUGGAAAGAGUUGCAGGUUGAGGUGGAUGAAUUACCUUAGCCCAAAUGUGAAGAGAGGCAAUUUUACUGAGCAAGAAGAAGAUCUCAUCAUUAGGCUACACAAGUUGCUUGGGAAUAGGUGGUCUUUGAUCGCUAAAAGGGUGCCUGGUCGGACCGACAACCAAGUGAAAAACUAUUGGAACACGCACCUAAGCAAGAAACUGGGAAUCAAAGAUCAAACAGUAAGCAAAUCCAUGAAUAUUGGAAACGGUGAUGAUGCUCCGGCAAGUCUUCCAAAUCCUACGGACGCAUCUGAAGAAAAGUUUUCGGAUAUCAACGGGGAAAGGGUGAAAGAGAUCAGAGCUUCUGAUUCGGACAAAGGGAUAUUGGAUCAGUUCCAACUGCUUCCAAGCCUCCAUCUUCAGACCAUUGGACCGAUGUUUGGAGGAGGAGGGGGAGAGAGUGGCUACAUGGGUUCUCUUUGGGUUCAUCAUCAUCAUGAUGAUGAUGAUUUUGAUCUGAGCACUCUCACCAACAUGAUGGAUUUCAUAGAUGGACAUUGCUUUUGAUCCCCGUAUUCUUGUUUGUUUGUUUCCUAUAUAUGUUUCUGUAUUAUUUUUUUUUUUACUCUUUUAUGUUGAUUUCAUAGCUGGUCAAACACUGAUACAUCAAACAAUAUGGUAAUAUUGAAAUAUAUUGUUGAUGUGGCAGUGUAUGAUUAGCUUAAUCAUUCUGUUAAGAAAUUUCUUUUUCUUUUUUC